AUGUCCUUCCGAAAGAUUGCCUCCUGGCUCCUGCUAGGAAGCACCUUGGCGACGGCCUCGGUCGCGACCACGGGCUCUCACACGGACAAAAUCACCCCGAAGGUCUUCAUUGUCUCGAUGUUUGAGCCGGAAGCGCAAGCCUGGUGGCAUAUCCGGGAGUUCGAUCUGCUCGCCCAUAAUAUCACCGUCCCGGGCCUGUCGCCUCUGUAUCCCGACGUGCACUGCACCGAAGACUACGAGAUCUGCCAGUUGAUCACGGGCGAGUCGGAGAUCAAUGCCGCCACCACGGUGACCUCUGUUGCUUUCUCGCCGCUCUUCAACCUCACGCAGACCUACUUCUUCAUUGCCGGAAUCGCUGGUGUCAAUCCGGAGCGCGCGACCCUCGGCUCCGCCACCUUCGCACGAUACGCCGUCCAGGUCGCCUUGCAAUACGAAAUUGACAUUCGGGAGCUUCCAAGCUCCUAUUCGACGGGCUACAUCCCGCUUGGAGCGGACUACCCCAAUCAAUACCCCACCAACAUCUACGGCACCGAGGUUUUCGAGGUCAAUGCCGAGCUUCGUCGGAUUGCCGUGGGACUGGCGCGCCACGGCAAUCUCUCUGACUCGGCCGCUGCCAAGGCAUACCGUGCCCAUUAUGCCACCCCCAGUGGGAGGUACAAGGCCGCCACGUUGGGGCCCUCCAUCGUGGAGUGCGACGUUGCCACGUCCGAUGUCUACUAUAGCGGCGACAUCCUGGGUAACACCUUUGACAACACGACCAAGUUGUUGACUAACGGGACCGGCGAGUACUGCGCCAGUGCCCAGGAAGAUAACGCUACCCUAGAGGCCUUGCUUCGCUCCUCGACUCGCAACCUUACUGAUUUCUCCCGGAUCAUCGUCAUGCGCACGGCUUCUGAUUUUGAUCGCCCUUACCCUGGGUCCAGCACCACCUACAACCUCCUCUAUGCGGAUGCUGGCGGCUUUGAGCCGGCGCUAGCUAACAUUUAUAAUGCCGGCAUCCAUGUCGUCCAAGGUAUCAUUAAGGGAUGGAAGACAACUUUUGCCGAGGGCGUGGAGGCCCGCAACUAUGUUGGCGACAUCUUCGGCACGCUGGGUGGCCAGCCUGACUUCGGGCCAGGACGCACCGCCGCCUUGGCGGAUAGUGGCGCGUUCAAAAAACGCAGUCUCAGCCCCCGGCUGCGUCGACGCAGCUAA